AGAAACAAGUUAACAUGUCAUUCUUUGUUACAUAUAUUAUUGUAUUUUGUAUGUUUAAACUUUUAUCGUUUCUCAGUACCAUCUGUAGUUUGAUGGUAUCAGCAGAAAUUCAAUUUGGGGGUCAUAACGGAGGUGGACACUUUCAACCCAACUCUUUUCAACAUGCAUUCAAUGAUCUGUCACAAGGAGGUGGCCACGGAGUUGGUUACGGAGUUGGUCACGGAGUUGGUAACGGAAUUGGUCACGGAGUUGGUGGAAAUCAGAUACAAACUGUCCAACAGACUAUACCAGUACCUCAACCAUACCCAGUUGAUAAACCAGUACCUGUUCCAAUACCUCAGCCCUAUCCAGUAGUUCUUAGUAAACCAGUACAAGUGCCUGUACCUCAACCAUAUCCUGUAGAAGUACCGAAGCCAGUACCUAUACAAGUUACGCGUACAGUGCCCUUUCCAGUCCCACAGCCUUACAGGGUUCCAGUACAAGUUCCCGUCCAAGUACCAGUCCCCCACCCGUAUCCAGUUUCAGUUCCCCAACCAUAUCCAAUAAGAAUCCCCCAAACCAUAGUGAUUCCAGUCCCUCAACCUGUUAAUUUUGGAGGAGGUUAUGGAAACUAUGGAGGAAAUUUGGGAUUAAUUGGUAUAAUGGGAUUUGAAAAUUUAGGUUCAAAUCUUGCCGGUUACUUUGGUAGAAACAUAGAUACUGGAACAAAUAACUAUUCUGGAGGUACUUCACAAGGUUAUAAUAGCUAUGGAGGUAAGGAAGCAUCUUCUAAAGGAGGUAAGGAAGGAUCUGGUAAAGGAGGUGGGGGAGGAAAAGAUGUGAAUUACAGCUACACUACAGUUCAAGUUGGUAGACACAGAAGAAGCAAUUUCAACAAUGAUAAUGGAUGUACCCCGAUUUGGGAACAAAUGGUAUGGAAGAAACGACUCACUGAAGAGGAGUUGAUUCAGGUUGCUGAUAUACCUGAGAAUCAAGCAGAAAAUUCUGAUAUCGGGGGGGAUUCUGAUGCGGACAAGUUCAACGAUACACCCUCCUCAAGUGGUUUAUUGUCUUCAGAUAGAUCUUUAUCAGCAACCCCGAGUCUAUCAGACAAUUCCAAAGGAUCAAAAGGAGAAAGGGUGAAACUUUCCCUUCCAAUUGAUUUUUCGGAUUAUGAUUCAACUGCCGAUAAAACAUAUACGCCUGAUUCUCCAAUCCCCUUACAAAAUAAGAUAGUAUCUUCUGAUAGUGAUGAAGAACUGAAUGAAGUAGAGGAACCAGUUGCUGAGUUUUCCACCUGGACAAAGACUGCUGUGUCCCCUACAAGAUAUAUAAAUUUCAAUUUUUCGGGAGAGACGGGUACUAGGGUACAGGUCAAUUCUCAAAACCCCUGUGAUUUUUUUUAA